CCUCGUCCACUCACCGGCACGUGAAACAUGGCAGAUGAAAAAAAUUCGGCAACGUCCAAGAAACUGAUAAAUAAUCCUCUGCAUACAGUAGAUGAAGCUUUAGAAGGGAUUGUGUUGGCAAACCCCGGCCUUAAACUUCUUAAGAAUCACCGCGUUAUCGUUCGAGAAGAUGUUGACGAGCUUCGAAGGUCCGGUAAAGUGGCGCUCAUUUCUGGAGGUGGCAGCGGCCAUGAGCCUUCGCACGCUGGGUUUAUUGGAAAAGGAAUGCUUACAGCUGCAGUCGCUGGCGCCGUAUUCACUUCUCCUCCAACGAAAUCGAUACUUGCUGCCAUUAGAGCCGUAGGCAAAGGGAACAAAGGUGGAACGGUUUUGAUUGUGAAGAAUUACACUGGAGACCGAUUAAGUUUCGGUUUUGCUGCGGAGAGGGCGAAAGCAGAGGGAAUGAAGGUUGAAAUGGUAGUGGUCGGAGAAGACUGUGCGCUUACCAGCAAGGAUAAAACGGCAGGAAGAAGGGGUCUUUGUGGAACCGUGCUAAUUCACAAGGUAUUGUGUAAUCCCAACUGAGGCCGGGGGAGCGAGUGGGGCGGGGUGGGUACUGGCGCGUGCCGCUUUAGUCACAAGAUUAGACUUGGGAAAAUCAUAGCUCAGUCUACAGUUUUAUUUGCCUGAAAGUAUCAUUUGACUACAUCUGACAAAAUGUUUCAGGAUGAUUUAUUUUCUUGCUGAAAUAAUUACCAAAUUACCAAAUUUGACUACUGGAGGGGACCGAGGGACAGGAGCUGAGGUGAUUGGGCAAAGCAGAAAAUACCAUACUAUUCUUCAAAUUUCUGUUUGGGUGGUGCUUCAAGUGAACCUGACUUCUGAAAUAUCUCUUGGUCUCUGCAUGAUUUCAAUGUGCAAUGCAUCAGCUCCUCAUAAUUUUGCAUACACUGCACACAUACAAUUCGUGCAAAACAAAGAAACAAAAAAAACUGCAGAAAUAAAGUUUUCAUGAAGAACCACCCAAAUGGCAGUCUAAAGAAUAUUAUGGUAUUUUCUGCUCUGGCCAAUUGGGCGAAAGGAUACAGGAGAUAGGAGAGGAGAAGUUCGUUCAUUAAAAAACAAACAAGAAAGAAAAACAAAAAACAAGAAGAAUGGCAGUUAGUGAGAGACAAAGGUAUGUAACACUGAAGGGCAUGGUACGGGAGGUGAGAGGCUCUAAUCCUGUCACCCUCACCCGCCCUCCCUUUAACUGAAUAGGAUGGCAAACUCAUAGAGUAUUGCCCACUAACAUCCCAAUUAAUAACUUUAUGCAACUAACAUCAGAAAAUGAUAAACAAGCCCAUUACAUAUUUCUAUAGUAGCUGCAUAUAGCAGGGAUUUCAAAAAAUGUGAAUUCCAGCUUGUUGGACAAACCAUUCCCAUAUUUUGCUUGCCUGAGUUAAUUGAAUGCAUGCCUUCUUUAAUGGUUUAGUUGUACAUGGAAGAUUGUUUGCUUGAUUCUUAACCAUAAAGCAAGUGUGUGUGAAAAGGUACUAGCCUGGUAGGAAAAUAUGGUAGUGCCACAGCUACUGGACAGCACUCUUUUCAACCUCUAUAGUAGUAGUUAUGCCUGGAAAUGGCCUUUGCCAAAUAUGAUAAAUUAUACAUCCAGCCAUUAUGUGUUGGGUAUUUGUUAAGUUGUGAAUUGCCAUGGAUGAGAGUUCAGAAUACUGUUAAGUCAAAGUCCUGCUGAAUGGUAACCUACACUCUUGCAGAUUGCAGGCGCUUUGGCAGAGGAGGGGAAAUCCCUAGAGGAAAUAACUCAGGUAGCAAAAGCAGCUGCUAAUGCUAUGGGUAUGUAAAAUGCAAAUCUAUACCAUUUAAGUUUAAUUUCAUUGGUAAAUAUAUAGCACAGAUAUGACUUGAUUUACCCUAAGUGUUACUGUAUUACUGGAAGCAAUAAAGUUGACAUUAAUGUUGACCCAAGAUUAUUAUUACUUUUUUUUCCUUUCGCCAUUACUAGGAACUAUUGGCGUCAGCUUGGCUCCUUGCAGCUUACCAGGAUUUGGACCAUCCUUUCAUUUAGGCAGUGAUGAAAUGGAACUAGGCCUGGGUGAGGACUUUGCAGCUUUUCAUCUACACAUUAUUUUGCUAUAAUAUUAUUAUUUUACCUGAACAAAAAAACCCUCAAAAUGAGAAUUUCCUGCUGACCACGCAACAACCAACUGAGGAGAAUGGGCUGCCUCAAUUUCUUCUGACAUCCUCAGUGGUUAGACAUUCUGGUCUUCUUUAAUGAAGGUGUAACACAGAUGCUGGUCUUACAGCUCUUUCACUGAUUCUAUUGUAAUAUAAAAGAACCCACGUCUGCACCACGGUUGAUAAAGACUAGGGAUUAUAGACCCCAGUGGUGUUGUGAAGUAUGCAUCUAUGUGUGUGUAUUGCUGUACACAUCAGCUUUCAAGCUGCCUUAUAGUAUCAAAUAAAGUGAUGAUGAUGAUGAUGANAUGUUGACCCAAGAUUAUUAUUACUUUUUUUUCCUUUCGCCAUUACUAGGAACUAUUGGCGUCAGCUUGGCUCCUUGCAGCUUACCAGGAUUUGGACCAUCCUUUCAUUUAGGCAGUGAUGAAAUGGAACUAGGCCUGGGUGAGGACUUUGCAGCUUUUCAUCUACACAUUAUUUUGCUAUAAUAUUAUUAUUUUACCUGAACAAAAAAACCCUCAAAAUGAGAAUUUCCUGCUGACCACGCAACAACCAACUGAGGAGAAUGGGCUGCCUCAAUUUCUUCUGACAUCCUCAGUGGUUAGACAUUCUGGUCUUCUUUAAUGAAGGUGUAACACAGAUGCUGGUCUUACAGCUCUUUCACUGAUUCUAUUGUAAUAUAAAAGAACCCACGUCUGCACCACGGUUGAUAAAGACUAGGGAUUAUAGACCCCAGUGGUGUUGUGAAGUAUGCAUCUAUGUGUGUGUAUUGCUGUACACAUCAGCUUUCAAGCUGCCUUAUAGUAUCAAAUAAAGUGAUGAUGAUGAUGAUGAUGACUACUUUUUUUGUAGGAAUACAUGGAGAACCUGGUGUGAAGAGAGUCAAGGUGAAGAAUGCAAAAAUAAUGAGCUUCUGUUAUUCUGUCACAUUUGCGUGUAAUUUUACCAUGACUGAACUCUGUGAAACGACCACAUGUACCCUCAGGAGUAGUGACAUGCCUGGCUGCUUUAUAACAGAGGUUCUGUUGGUAGUGAUUUACUGUCAAUUUUGUCACCUGGGACUCUCAUUUGAGAGUCCCAGGUGUAACCAGUAACCAUUUGGUUACUGCAGGCUACGAAACAGAGGGUGGUCCCUAAAUGUAGGUUUGACUUUAUUAGUUUAAAAGGCACAUUGUGUUUAUCAAUUGUUGAUUUAUCGUCUAAUAUUUUAGGUUGAGAAAGCUGAUGUUGUUGUGAAAACAAUGAUUGAUCACAUGACAGACAUUCAAAGUGGUGCAACAUAUAAACUGAGCCUUCAACAAGGUCAGGAGUUCACUGUCUUGUUUUAUUUUCAUUUUACUCUGAGCGAGAUUUUCAAUCUUAUUAUUACUGUUUCUCUUUGGUCAAUUUGACAUCAAUUUUGCAGAUAAUUUUUUAUCUCAGGUAAUUUUUGUUUUUCUUCUGUUUUUGGGUAUGGCAAUGUAUGCUAAUGAAGUUGAAACAAAGGAAAAUUAAUAAAAAUUACCUGAGAUGAAAAAUCAACUACAACAUUAACAUUAAUUUUUAUAUUGUUGUGAAAAUUUUAGAAAACUGCAGAUCUUUCCUCAACAUAAUCUUCACUCCAAGAUCACAAGACUGCUCAGAGGGCUUUGAUGCAAUUUUUCACUCUUUAUGAUGUUGAUGGCUAGCUGGCAGGCUCCCUCUUAACUCCUACCUAAGAUCUUCUCUUUGUCAUUCUGCACCAGUUGAGACCCUGCGAAAUCCUGAGGAUUAAUUCUGACUUGCAAUAAGGCCUAAACAGCUGCAAGUAGUACAUAUAGAGAAAUUGUGACAGAAGACAUUCUUUUUCUAUUACUAUUACCUUCCAAAAGCAACGAAUUGAAAAAAAAUCUUUUUAAAGAAAAGUUGUAAAAAUCCAAGGGAUUGACAUGGGCACCCUCUCUGGAAAGGCCUCCUUUUUUGUUUGGGCUUGCCUGUGUUUCUCCUACCAUUUGGAAGGGGAAAUGCCUUCUCUUGUCCUUUACUCGGUUACAUUUGCCAAACGUUUCUUGUCCACUUGCAUCUUCUCCUCUUUACUUCCAAACAGACUUGCUGAAACUCUUGUAUAUGUACUUUUAUUUGUAAUCAAUAUACUGGUAUUUAUUUAUUUUUGUCUUACAGAGGAAUUCAUAAACUAAGGUGCACAUGUAAUAAGAAACUCUGUCUCCUACUUUGUUUCUCCUAAAAAAAUUUUUCAGGAUCUGUAGAACACAAACCAGGGAUGCCAACCUGUAAAAGGAGACAUCCAAGUCCUCUUGGUCAGCAAUCACCUUUGAACCAAAAUAAAGGCACUCAACCCUCUCCUAGAUUACAGUCAAACCAGGUCAAGCGUACCCCCCAAGAAACCAUUAAUGAAUUUAUUAUUCAAAAGUUGAAUCCGUUGCUAGUUGUAGAUUUCAGAUUGAUCUCUGCAUUCUUGUAUGUGUAAUGAACCGUGAAUUCACAUGUGAGGCAGUUAUGAAAUUUCUACCAGCUCCAUUUUCCUGAAAUUGAUGUAAAUGUCUUCUAAGAAGCUUAAUCCAUUCAAAGAUUUCCAAUCUGACCAAAUACAGAGAAGUUCUCGUAAAAUAUUCACUGCUUAUUACGCAUGCAGAAAUGCCACUUUGAAUUUGACACCAGUUACGGGAACAACUAACGGAUUCAUUUUUCAAAUAAUCAAUUCACUGAUAGAAUCUUGGGGGGUACGCUUGACUUGGUUUGACUGUAAAUACUAAUUGGGAGUUCAAGAGGCCAAUGUAGAUUUGAAACUACCAUAACACAUUUAAUUGCCUCUUUAGAAAUGAGAAGGAAAUUAUAUAUUGGAGCCGAAAUGCAUCCCAUGGUUGUUUCUGGGAUCAUUACUCUUACUGGAGACGUGCCGGUCAGCUAUUGGCCAAUUUUUUUCCCUGUUCCUAGUGCCAGAACAUUCCCAGAAGUCUUUGCCAAAGUUAACUCGGCCCAGCUCCCUUCUCGUUUUUAAACUGACAAAUGUCUGUAAAACUUAACAUGUGUGUUGGGCUCACUCACAUUGACAGGUGACAGUGUAGCACUGGUUGUCAAUAAUCUUGGCGGAACAUCGGUUCUUGAACUCAACAUUGUAACAAGGGCAGCAAUUAAUUACCUCAGUAAGUCUCUUUCCUUUCACAAUAUUGGAUUACACAGUAGUGAGGAAAUAUGGUAUGAUUUAAAUUCCUAAUGUUUUUUUGUUUUUAUUUAUGUGUUCAGCUAAAGAAAAGGGUGUCAAAGUUGAUAGAGUUUAUGGGGGAAGUUUUAUGUCAUCACUAGAGAUGGCUGGAGUGUCAAUCACUUUACUUCAACUUGAUGAGACAAGAACACACUGCUUAGGUGAGGCUUCAAUGUAUGGUAUGGUGAAAUCCUGUGGCAGGUGUCACCAACAGAAGUCUACUUAUGAACUGACAAAUAGCCAUUUCAAGUGGAGGGGGGGGGGGGCGGUGCUGGGGGGUGGGGGUUUGGGUAGAGGUGUGCAGUUCUGAUCCUGUUUAACCCUUUAGGUCCCAAGAGUGACCAACAUCAAUGUUCUCCUAACAUUAUCAGCAGACGAUCAAGAGUAAAAGUUAUGAGAAUUACUAAAUUCAUUACCAAAGGGAGAACGCUUUGAUCUUAAACCAAAUUCUCUCAACUAUUUGUAAAAGAAAUGUAUGGAGAUCAGUCUGGAGACUUUGUAUGUGGAUCUUGGAUAUUUUACCACCUUGUUUAAUACUCACUCACUCACUCACUUGGUCGCCCGAAGGCGGGCAACCACUAGAUCUUCCCACAGCCUCCUAUCAGCCAUCAGUGCAGCAAUCUCACUUAACUUCGAAUGCCCCAGUAUCCCUCCUAAGAGUGUCAACAUAGGUAGUAUUCGGUCUUCCUCUCCCGCGAUGGCCAUGUGUGGGCUCCCAAAGGACUAAUUUCUGGGUACUUAGCUCUGGAUGGCAAUAACAGUGUCCCGCAAGUUGUAGCCUACGAGAGGCGAUUUUGUUGCUGACUGCUGGUAGAUCUCCGUACAGUUGUUGGUUUGGUAUGUGGCUGCUCCAGUGGAUGUUUAAAGCUUUUCGCAGCAUCCUAGUGUAUGUUCCAUCCAACGACUUUUCUUGUGCUUUUGACAGAGACCAGCUCUCGCACCCAUAAAGUAAGAUUGAUUCAAUGGUGGCUAUGAAGAAUCUGAUUUUCAAAUCUUUACUCAUAUUGGACUUCCAUAUUUUCGUCAUACCAUUCAAAGCUCUCCAAGCCUGCACUUUCCUUAUGCUGAUGUCUUUUUCUGAGUUAUCAACCCAUGACCCUAAAUAUUUGAAGUCAUCCUUCCAGUCCAGAUAAGUGCCAUCAAAUGUAUGUAAUGGUGUUGGAUCAUCAAUGUUAUAAGCAACUGAUUUUGUUUUCUUAGCAUUCAGUACAAGACCAACUUUCUUGCACUCUUUUUCAACUGUUAGCAGUAAUUCCUGAGCUUGAGCUAUUUCAUCCGACAGUAGUGCUAUGUCGUCUGCGAAGUCUAAGUCAGCAAGAACUACUUUGGGGUGUCUUCUUUGGGGUGUCUUCUUUAAUACAAAUGACCUUGUUUUAUCACCAUGAUUCAUUUCGUUUCGUAUUAAUAGAGAAUUAAGUAAUUUUUUAGACUGACAUCAUGGAAUCAGAUUAGAAAAUUGUUUAAAAAAUUCUUGGUGGCACAAAUGUAGACCUUUCAAAGCCAACCGUCCCACUCUAUAUAAACCUUCCGCUUCUAAAAGACACCCUGUUUAGGACACUUAAUAGUGAAAAUGUAUACUCGGUUUGAGACUCUUGUCUGCAGCACAGAUGAAAACUGAACCUCUAGUUAAGUCCGCCUGCGAGACAGCGCCGAAAUCCUUGUUCUGGGCCCCCUCCUCUGUAUCAGAAUUUGAGUACGCCGUGCCAUAAGUGGCCUGUUUAAAAAGCCAUUGUGGAUUUACCAAUCAGGAUAAAAGGAAUAUCGAAAUGCAGUUCCGGUAAUUCGUUGAUUCCGUUGGGGGCCUAGAACAAGGAUAUCAGCAGGGUUUUGCAGACGUUACUUACCGAGGUAAAUUAAGUCUGCGAUGCAGGCUGUAAGACACAAGCCCCUGAAAGCCAUUCCCAGGGGCAGCAUAGUCCAGGUAAGGGAAUACCCCCUGGGCAACCUUCAGAACCUUAAGAGGUGUCUGAGGUCUCGGAAAAAGACAACAAACGGCAGUCUCUUUUGAGAACAGCUAUGGGUUAUCUGUACAGUCUCUUUAUUUUGUAUUAAGUUACGUCUGAAUAUUAUUUUAACAGUAGAGUCACACCUCCACUUACGGCCACCUCUCCACAAUGGCCACUUUUUUUGCUGGACAGUACAUACAUUGACUCUUGUUUAUAGCUCACCACAACGGCCACCUCUCUAAGGCGGCCACUUUCGUCUAUCCCCAAGGUGGCCGUUGUAGAGAGGUUCAGCCGUAAACAUAUAUGAAAAGAGGUCCAUUAUUCCCUUAACAGAUCAAAGUACAAAUGCACCAGCAUGGCCACGUGUAUCUGUUUCACCAACGUUAGGCUACAUGCGAACUGACAAACAACCACUGGAGGUAUCUGAGGACACGGAGAAGGAAAAGCAAACAAUCGCCUCCGAGAAGCUGACAGCCUUGGGUAACUUGUACAGUCUUACGCUGUAAUAGUCGGUCAUUUUCUUUGUAACUUACAGAGAAAAUGAUUUAUUAUAUAAACACCAAUGAAAUACCAGGUGAGCUUUCGCGCGAAAACAUGAUAUCUUCACAUGUGAAAAUAACAUGUUACCUUCACACAUGAAAAGAUCACCUAUGCUGUGACUACUUAAUAAAUCGCGCCUUUCACAGCAAAAAAUUAUUAAAGUGAAAAGGUUUGGUAUUUCAUUCAUGUGUAUCUAAUCAAUAGAGCUGCGCUAAGGAGUGAAAUAUUUUUCAACACGAGAAAAGGAAAUUCGUUUCUCCACGCGGUUUGGUAUUUCAUCGAUGUGUAUCAGAUCUAAUAAAUAGAACUGCGCGAACGAGUGAAGCAUUUUGCAAAACGAGAGGAGAAUUUUCGUAUCUCCACGCGGCCGUGUAAUAUCCUCCAUAUAACACAUUUGUGAUAACUUGAUUCGUUUUGUGUUUAUUGCAGGUGAAAAGGUUUAUUCAGUCAUCUGCCAUGUUAGUGAUGCACUCUUGGAUAGCAAAGCUAAGCUAAAUGAGCUGGAUAAUCAAACUGGUGAUGGAGACUGUGGCAGCACGUUUUCAUGUGGAGCAACAGGUGUGCAAAUAUACUGCAACUAGAGAAAUAUAUAUUUUUUUAAUUCACUUACAUGCACAGUCGGUUGUUCUCGCUACAGGAGUUGAACCUUUGACCUUCUGGGUACUAGAACAUAUGCUCUACCACUGAGCUACAGGACACUAGUUGAAACCACGGACUCUUUCCAUUUGUCUGAACUGACCGGCCAGACCAUUCCCGUCGUAAUGAGAAUUUCACUAUUACAUAUAAUCAAAACUACCCAGCCAGAUCAGUCAAAUCCCAGGGUGCAAAGAAAAUCAUUUUUACAGCUUGCCAUUCGGGCAAGCUGAAGCUAGUAUUUACUAGCCCAGACGUCAUUUCAACUAGCCCCCAAAACUUUUUGUUCUUCUGUUAUUCAAAUUCCUCAUAAAACAUCACUUGCCCGUCGGGCAAGUUAAAAACAGAAUUCACUAGCCCGAUAGCAAAAUCCACCAGCCCCGGGCUAUCGGACAGUACUUUCUUUGCACGCUGAAUCCUAAAUAGUAUGCACGGAGGAGAUGGUUUUUCAGCCAAAAUCCGUCGGAAAAAGCGGAUUUCAUUUGCUUAUUGACUGGUCCGGCAAUGGUUCGGCCGACCAGUUCUGACAAAUGGAAAGCUUCCUAAGGCCAUAAAACUAGAUUCAUGUUAGCCUGAGAAAACAGCCGACAUUUUGCGACGCCGCCAUUGGUUUCCACGCAAAAUGACGUUUGAGGAAUGAGCUCAGAAAUUCCAUACUGAUGAUGAAGUACUGCCCAGAUUUGCUUCUGAUUGGUUGAAGUAAAUCUUCCUUGCGAUACGACCAAUCAAAAGCACUACUUAGAUCUGGGUAGUGACGCGUCAUCAGUAUGGAAUUUCUGCGCUAGUUCCUCAGACUGUAUUUUGGGGAGAAACCAGUGGUGGCGUCGCUAAAUAUCGGCUUUUUUCAGGUUAGAUUCUUGUGAUAAACAUCCUGCAUAAUACAAGGGGAGGUUUAUUGUCAGUAGGUGGUGUAUUCGCAUUGAUAUCAAUGUGAUAGUGACUCUUACGAUUUCAUGUUGCCAAUAGUUAUAUGUAAUUAAUAGGCGAGAAUUGAACAGCUAGAAUUGAACGUAAACGGCAUUUUCGGGCACCAUAAACACGGUCCCCAGAGUGGAUUUUUUUUUAAACGCUGGCUUAACGUUUUUUUUAUAUACGGACUUCUUGCCUAGUCUCUAGGCCUCAUUAUUCCACGGCCUAUGGGUCUCGGGUCACCUGUUCCGAGCGAGUUAUUUUCGUCUCGGAUACGUCACCGAAAUGCAUUGACCGAGAAGGCCUGAAAAGACGUGGUUCAGGGACCAGAUAGUAGGGAUUUUAAGAUUUCGCUAUGGAGAGGUGUUACUUACGGCGACAUGAGGUGAAAAUCACUUCCGGUGGCGUCACCACCCGACUUGCGAUGCGGCUUUUUCGCCGGCCGUAGCCUUGUUUUUUGGCAGGUGAAACAAGAGCCGGACAAAGCGUCUGCUUACGCAUGCUAGAGCGGGGUCGGUGCAUAACGCUGCAUACACAGCUAUUUCAGGAAAGGUUGUGGGAAAAAGUGCACGCGAGUAUCCCGAAAGGUAUUAUGGGUUGUUAUGAGUUCACUGCUUUUCAAAGAAGUUUGAAAGAAUGACACGAGAGGCCAUGGACGUAUGUUUGCGAGUGCUUAAGGAAAGCAGCAAAAGUAGAUUCGACAGCUACAUUGUCAGAAACAGUGUAUUGAUCAUAUCCCAUAUUACGUUUUGGGAUUGUCGCGUGCACAUUUUUUCCGACAAUGUUUCUCGAUAGUUUUGUAUUAUUUACCUUUUCCGCUGAAGUGAUAAUCUGUCCUACUAAUCAGUAUUAGUAACGUAAAGCAUAUCCCCAUACGCUCUUCUCACGUAUGGUAAUAUGCCCGUCUAACCUCGUUUUUGAGUAAAGAGUCCUUUGAAAUGCUAAUCAGACGACGUUUUCGUAUUUGAAUUUCAAAAGGAUUUUUACCCGUAAACGAGGUUAGACGGGCAUAUUACCAUAUGUGAGAAGAGUGUAUUGUUGUACACUGUGUUACAUUGGACUCAAUGGGUUGAGUAUUAGGCCAAGUGCACACGAAUCCUGAUACCCUGAAACUGCACACUUGAUAUUUGUGUCAACACCAAGUCGGUGUGGUGUGAUCCGGUUUAAAUUCACCCAUCUAUACGAAUACGCUACUGCGAUUUACAUUUGCUAAUCAUUAGCUAAUAGGCAUGCGCAAACCGAUCCCGUGAUGUGAUUUGGCGGUAUUUUUAAAUGUUGGUUGUAGCCAUAUCGUGCGCAAUGGCCAGACCUGCCUGUACGUUGUCGAACCAUGCACUUGAACCCGAAAAUCGUCUUUGAAGAAAUUAACUUCAACUCAUGCAAUAAGACUGGUGACGAGAGCCAGCAAAGUUGCAAACAGAACUUUGUUGUCCGCCAUUUUGAACUUGAAAGUUUUCAUUUAAGACUGGACCUGAGUAUAUGAUGUAGUUGUAAUGUCCGGUUUCAGUCGUCCACGCGAAUUCACCAAACCCGUCGGAUUAAAAAAAAAUCCAUUCUGGAGACCUGUUUCAAAAAUAUGCGGUUUCGGUGUGCGGAUUCACAGGUUUCAUGUGAAUAAGAGCGUGCAGCUUCAAAAGCAUCCGGACCGGUGUGGACGGCGCCUUACUUAGAACCUGAGUUAUUGUAAUGCCUUAUUUGCAGCUUUCAAGCAAGCCUUGGGAUCUCACGACACGCCAGGUUUACCGUCAAAUGUCUGUAAAACUUAACAUGUGUGUUGGGCUCACUCACAUUGACAGGUGACAGUGUAGCACUGGUUGUCAAUAAUCUUGGCGGAACAUCGGUUCUUGAACUCAACAUUGUAACAAGGGCAGCAAUUAAUUACCUCAGUAAGUCUCUUUCCUUUCACAAUCUUGGAUUACACAGUAGUGAGGAAAUGUGGUAGGAUUUAAAUUCCUAAUGUUUUUUUGUUUUUAUUUAUGUGUUCAGCUAAAGAAAAGGGUGUCAAAGUUGAUAGAGUUUAUGUGGGAAGUUUUAUGUCAUCACUAGAGAUGGCUGGAGUGUCAAUCACUUUACUUCAACUUGAUGAGACAAGAACACACUGCUUAGGUGAGGCUUCAAUGUAUGGUAUGGUGAAAUCCUGUGGCAGGUGUCACCAACAGAAGGCUACUUAUGAACUGACAAAUAGCCAUUUCAAGUGGGGGGAGGGGAGGGGGGUGCUGGGGGGUGGAGGUUUGGGUAGAGGUGUGCAGUUCUGAUCCUGUUAACCCUUUAGGUCCCAAAAGUGACCAACAUCAAUGUUCUCCUAACAUUAUCAGCAGAUCAUCAAGAGUAAAAGUUAUUAGAUUUACUAAAUUGAUUACCAAAGGGAAAACACUUUGAUCUUAAACCAAAUUCUCUCAACUAUUUGUAAGAGAAAUGUAUGGAGGUCAGUCUGGAGACUUUGUAUGUGGGUCUUGGGGCUUAAAGGUUUAAAACAAAAAUCGUGUAUUUUACCACCCUGUUUAAUACAAAUGAUUUUAUUUUUUCACCAUGAUUCAUUUCGUUUCGUAUUAAUAGAGAAUUAAGUAAUUUUUUAAACUGACAUCAUGGAAUCAGAUUAGAAAAUUGUUUAAAAAAUUCUUGGUGGCACAAAUGUAGACCUUUCAAGUCCCACUCUAUAUAAACCUUCCGCUUCUAAAAGACACCCUAGGUUUGAGACUCUUGCCUGCGCCACAGAUGAAAACUGAACCUCUAGUUAAGUCUAUGUGCGAGACGGCGCCGAAAUCCUUGUUCUGGGCCCCCUCCUCUGUAUCAGAAUUUGAGUACACCGUGCCAUAAGUGGCCUGUUUAUAAAGCCAUUGUGGAUUUACCAAUCAGGAUGAAAGGAAUAUCGAAAUGCACUUCCGGUAAUUCGUUGAUUCCGUUGGGGGCCUAGAACAAGGAUAUCAGCAGUGUUUCGCAGACGUUACUUACCGAGGUAAGUUAAGUCAGCGACGCAGGCUAUAAGACACAAGCCCCGGAAAGCCAUUCGCAGGGGCAGCAUAAUCCAGGUUAGGUAAUACCCCCUGAGCAACCUUAAGAGGUGUCUGAGGUCUCUGAAAAAGACAACAAACGGCAGUCUCUUUUGAGAACAGCUAUGGGUUUUCUGUACAGUCUCUUUAUUUUGUAUUAAGUUACGUCUGAAUAUUAUUUUAACAGUACAGUCACACCUCCACUUACGGCCACCUCUCCACAACGGCCACCUCUCUACAGCGGCCACUUUCGUCUAUCCCCAAGGUGGCCGUUGUAGAGAGGUUCAGCCGUAAACAUAUAUGAAAAGAGGUCCAUUAUUCCCUUAACAGAUCAAAGUACAAAUGCACCAGCAUGGCCACGUGUAUCUAUUUCACCAACGUUAGGCUACAUGCGAACUGACAAACAACCACUGGAGGUACCUGAGGACACGGAGAAGGAAAAGCCAACAAUCUCUUCCGAGAAGCUGACAGCCUUGGGUAACUUGUACAGUCUUACGCUGUAAUAGUCUGUCAUUUUCUUUGUAACUUACAAAGAAAAUGAUUUAUUAUAUAAACACCAAUGAAAUACCAGGUGAGCUUUCGCGUGAAAACAUGAUAUCUUCACAUGUGAAAAUAACGUGUUACCUUCACACAUGAAAAGAUCACCUUUACUAUCACUACUCAAUAAAUCGCGCCUUUCACAGCAAAAAAUUAUUAAAGUGAAAAGGUUUGGUAUUUCAUUGAUGUUUAUCUUAUCAAUAGAACUGCGCUAAGGAGUGAAAUAUUUUUCAAUACGAGAAAAGGAAAUUCGUUUCUCCACGCGGUUUGGUAUUUCAUCGAUGUGUAUCAGAUCUAAUAAAUAGAACUGCGCGAACGAGUGAAACAUUUUGCAAAACGAGAGGAGAAUUUUCGUAUCUCCACGCGGCCAUGUAAUAUUCUCCAUAUAACACAUUUGUGAUAACUUGAUUCGUUUUGUGUUUAUUGCAGGUGAAAAGGCUUAUUCAGUCAUCUGCCAUGUUAGUGAUGCACUCUUGGAUAGCAAAGUUAAGCUAAAUGAGCUGGAUAAUCAAACUGGUGAUGGAGACUGUGGCAGCACAUUUUCAUGUGGAGCAACAGGUGUGCAAAUGUACUGCAACUAGAGAAAUAAUAUUUUUUUAAAUUCACUGACAUGCACAGUCGGUUGUUCUCGCUACAGGAGUUGAACCUUUGACCUUCUGGGUACUAGAACAUAUGCUUUACCACUGAGCUACAGGACACUAGUUGGAACCACGGACUCUUUCCAUUUGUCUGAACUGACCGGCCAGACCAUUCCUGUCGUAAUGAGAAUUUCACUAUUACAUGUAAUCAAAACUACCUAGCCAGAUCAGUCAAAUCCUAAAUAGUAUGCACGGAGGAGAUGGUUUUUCAGCGAAAAUCCUUCGGAAAAAGCGGAUUUCAUUUGCAUAUUGACUGGUCCGGCAAUGGUACGGCCGACCAGUUCUGACAAAUGGAAAGCGUCCUAAGGCCAUAAAACUAGAUUCAUGUUAGCCUGAGAAAACAGCGGACAUUUUGCGACGCCGCCAUUGGUUUCCACGCAAAAUGACGUUUGAGGAAUGAGCUCAGAAAUUCCAUACUGAUGAUGAAGUACUGCCCAGAUUUGCUUCUGAUUGGUUGAAGUAAAUCUUCCUCGCGAUACGACCAAUCAAAAGCACUACUUAGAUCUGGGUAGUGACGCGUCAUCAGUAUGGAAUCUCUGCGCUAGUUCCUCAGACUGUAUUUCGGGGAGAAACCAGUGGUGGCGUCGCUAAAUAUCGGCUUUCUCAGGUUAGAUUCUUGUGACAAACAUCCUGCAUAAUGCAAGGGGAGGUUUAUUGUCACUAGGUGGUGUAUUCGCAUUGAUAUCAAUGUGAUAGUGACUCUUACGAUUUCGUGUUGCCAAUAGUUAUAUGUAAUUAAUAGGCGAGAAUUGAACUGCUAGAAUUGAACGUAAACGACAUUUUCGGGCACCAUAAAGACGGUCCCCAGAGUGGAUUUCUUUUUUAAACGCCGGCUUAACGUUUUCUUAUGGACGGACUUCUUGCCUGUUCCGAGCGAGUUGUUAGGGACCUUAAGAUCCGAGAACGGCGACGGCAGCGAAAACAUCGCUUAAAAAGUGAAUUCGCGUUCAUUCAACCUUCAUCGCGACAGUUCUAACUCACUUACUUUUUCAAAUGUAGGCGAACUCUCCUGGAGUUGAAUUCCUGAAAAACCAUAUCCGAGUUCAGAAUGAGAAAGAAAAUUUCAAGUAGCUUGUUUACGUCCUCCAUAAAACGUGAAAUUAGGCAUUUUCUCGUCGUAGUCGUGCAGUGACGGCAAAGAAAUGUACAAAAAAGCGUGAUGUACGUGAAAAGUUGUUGUUUUGCUAAUCUCAACCUAUUGUUUUUUUGAAGUUCCCGUUGCCGUCGCCGUCGUCGGAUCUUAAGGUCCCUGUUUUCGUCUCGGAAACGUCACCGAAAUGCAUUGACUGAGAAGGCCUGAAAAGACGUGGUUCAGGGACCAGACAAUAAGGAAUUUAAGAUUUCGCUAUGGAGAGGUGUUACUACGGCGACAUGAGGUGAAAAUCACUUCCGGUGGCGUCACCACCCAACUUGCGAUGCGGCUUUUUCGCUAGUCUGCUACACAGCCGUUUUUAGUGUGGGAACGUUGCGUGGCGACACUGAAAACGGCUGUGUAGCAGACUACUUUUUCGCCGGCCGUAGCCUUGUUUUUUGGCAGGUGAAACAAGAGCCGGACAAAGCGUCUGCUUACGCAUGCUAGAGCGGGGUCGGAGCAUAACGCUGCAUAUACAGCUAUUUAAGGAAAGGUUGUGGGAAAAAGUGCACGCGAGUAUCCCGAAAGGUAUUGUGGGUUGUUAUGAGUUCACUGCUUUUCAAAGAAGUUUGAAAGAAUGACACGAGAGGCUAUGGACGUAUGUUUGCGAGUGCUUAAGGAAAGCAGCAAAAGUAGAUUCGACAGCUACUUUGUCAGAAACAGUGUAUUGAUCAUAUCCCAUAUUACGUUUUGGGAUUGUCGCGUGCAGAUUUUUUCCGACAAUGUUUCUCGAUAGUUUUGUAUUAUUUACCUUUUCCGCUAAAGUGAUAAUCUGUCCUACUAAUCAGUAUUAGUAACGGAAAGCAUAUCCCCAUUGUUGUACACUGUGUUACAUUGGACUCAAUCGGUUGAGUAUUAGGCCACGUGCACACGAAUCCUGAUACCCUGAGACUGCACACUUGAUAUUUGUGUCAACACCAAGUCGGUGUGGUGUGAUCCGCUUUAAAUUCACCCAUCUAUACGAAUACGCUAUUGCGAUUUACAUUGCUAAUUACUAGCUAAAGGGCAUGCGCAAACAGAUCCCGUGAUGUGAUUUGGCGGUAUUUUUAAAUGUUGGUUGUAGCCAUAUCGUGCGCAAUGGCCAGACCUGCCUGUACGUUGUCGCACCAUGCACUUGAACCCAAAAAUCGUCUUUGAAGAAAUUAACUUCAACUCAUGCAAUAAGACUGGUGACGAGAGCCAGCAAAGUUGCAAACAGAACUUUGUUGUCCGCGAUUUUGAACUUGAAAGUUUUCAUUUAAGACUGGACCUGAGUAUAUGAUGUAGUUGACUUAAAAAAUGUCCGGUUUCAGUCGUCCACGCGAAUUCACCAAACCGUCGGAUUAAAAAAAAUCCAUUCUGGAGACCUGUUUCAAAAAUAUGCGGUUUCGGUGUGCGGAUUCACAGGUUUCAUGUGGAUAAGAGCGUGCAGCUUCAAAAGCAUCCGGACCGGUGUGGACGGCGCCUUACUUAGAACCUGAGUUAUUGUAAUGCCUUAUUUGCAGCUUUCAAGCAAGCCUUGGGAUCUCACGACACGCCAGGUUUACCGUGUAACAAUCCUGAAGAGUUAUUGUUAUCGCUGGGCGAUUUAUGCGAAGAGUACAUGGGUGGAAGCUCGGGGGUGGUGAGUCAAUAUUAGAGUGCUCUAGAUUUGAGGACGAGAACUAGUACGAGUACGAGAUUUAACUUUAUGUUUUUGCGCUUGUUCUCAAAAAAAGCCACCCCGGAAAGCUUCAUUGUACUUUGUUCACCAAAAAAGUUCGUACGGUUAUUAAUACUGAAGGAGGUUAAGCCCUUACCCGAUAGCGAAAUGAUAAAACUUCAUAUAUUUGAUAACUUGUUCCGGCCUCUACGACAUUCUCGAUAAAACCCCUCGUAGAAUGACGACGGCUAUCACGUUUUCCCGCCAAAAUGACGUCGGUUGCCGCGUGAGCGAUACUCAGUAUUGAGAAAAUCUUGUACUUGUAGUCGUCCUCGUCUCAGAAUCUAAAGCUCUCUAUUGUUGAGUUAUUCCUACCAACACGGGGUACUGUCACUCGUUGCAAUAGAGAAUAGUGGAAUAGAGGGGGGAGACGCCCAAUCCAAUCCUUGGGAUAUGUGAAUUAAGCAAAGUUAUUUUUAGACCAAUUUAACGCUAAAAAUAAUCGGAAAUUGGUUUCCGGACAGUUCCUCGAACUUUUAUUCAGCGUUGUCAAGAGAGAAUUCAACAGACGCCAUUGCAUUGUUUAGCAUCGAGGACUUGAUUUCUGGACUUGAUUUAAAUGUGCGGACGUCUCAGGAAUUAGACUUCCGUUUAAUUACAACUUCUAAUAAUAACUUAAGUGAAAUUCACAUAUCCCGGCCAACGCCCUAAGAUUCCCUCUCUGUCCCAUUAUCCUCUCUUGCUGGUUGACAAUAUUGGAGCGUCGUCGCGAGAUCGACUUGUCUCCUUGUUUCGCCUGAGUGGAUUUGAAUCAUAUUAUAAAUUCCAGCGUGCAAAAAAGUCGUGUCCGAUAGCCCGGGGCUAGUGGAUUUUGCAAUCGGGCUAGUGAAUCCUGUUCGAGCAAGUGAAGUUUUUUGGGAAAUUCAAAUUAUAGAAGAACUGUAAUCAAUGCUGCUCAUCAAAAUUUUUUGGGGGCUUUUUAAAAGACUCUUGGGCAAGUGUAUACUAGCAACAACUUGUCCGAAUGGCGAGCCUUAAAACUGACUUUCUUUGCACCCUGAAUUCACACAAGUAAAAUGAUUGACAUAUACUGGAGUUGCUCUAAUUAUCAGACACGUGUUGUUGUCAACAACAACAACAACAAAUACGGCGACUUCCUAGAGCUUCUCAGGUUAUGUCAUGUUAAAUAUAUCCCAUUGGUCGAGUGUCUUGAGGUCAACGCAGUGAAUUUGGCGCCAAACAGGUGUGAAAAGUCCUUUUAAAUGGUCCAACGAUCCAGGAAAAAAAUGACGGGGAAAGUCUUAUUGAAAUCAUAGGUUGAACAGCGUAAUAAACUCACUUGAGUGGUUGGAUCAACACGAGCCUUAUCUUUGUUUCUUUUAACAUUCCAAGUGCGUUUAUCACAAUGGCAACCAAUCAGGAACCUCAGUCUUCAGUUAAGUUCUGCGAGUUCACCAUAAUAGUAAACAGUUGAGUACUAAUACAUCCAUUACUUGAGAACAGUUAUUUAGAGACAUAGUGCGUCCCUUUGACUGCCCUCAGUUAUUCUGCAUUUAAUUUGUUUAUGUCUCCGCAGUUGUACAGCCUCGCUCUCAUAUCAGGUGCAUUACCCCUCAGGAACAAAUCAACUCCGCAGGCCUGGGCUCAAGCUUUGAAUGUUGGUGUUCAGGCUAUGAUGAGGUAUGAAAACUGGCAAAAGGGCAGAGGAACUUCCCUCAUUCUUUCUCUGUUGUGGCAUCUAUCGGUUAUAUUUCCUUCAUACCGGUAAUUUUGUUAACCUUGCGCUGUUAUGCUAUGAGGCGUGUGUAUAUAGGCCCAGCCCUACGCUUGACUGCAGAGCUAGCUAGAUAUAGAGAUCGCGGAUUCAAUUACUGGGACUGGACCGAUUUCCCUGCUAGCUGAGUUCUGUCACGACAAAAGAAAAAUGAUGGGAAAGAAAGAGACCUCCGCCGGUCUCGACGUGUCCUUUCAUGUAGCUGCCGACCACAUUUGUAGCCGAAAUUUACUGGUUUCAAAACCGGUUUCGUUUUCUGUGGAAUGUGCGUGCCCUGUAGAGACUGCACGCUGGAAAUUUCCGAGCCCACAGUUGUUAUCGCGUAAACCGGUUCUGUAGGUUGUGUCGCACUUGACUAAAAGGUUAUUGGUUGUUAAGGAAACGCGAGUGCAUGCGUGAUUGCCUAGUUCCCUAGGCCCCAUUUUUGUGCGCGGCCGAUGCAUUUCGGGUCACGUGGUCCGAGAAAGUUUUUGAGUCUCCCGGCCGUUCGUCCCGGAUACGUCACUGAAAUGCGUUGACCGAGAAGGCCUGGAAAGACGCCGUACGGGAACUAGGCAACAUGCGUGAUGGGAAACGCAUCCGCCAACGGAGGCCGGCAGCGGUCUCUCUCUCUCUUUCCCCUCCUUCUUCUCUUGCUGUGAGAGACCUGUCCUAGCAGGGAACAGACCCAUACUCAGGGUCUUAAAAUGAAUGAGAGAUGAAGGUACUGCUUUUGCCCUGCAAACGGGUAGAUCUUCGCAUCGUUUAGAUGUGCACAUAAAUUUGCGGUCCCGUCUCUAGUAUGAGACGAAAAAUAGCGUCUUCAAUAAGAACUUUGGUGCUAAAUACAUUGACACGACUCGAACAUAGUGUGUUUUGUCUUUGCACCGGAAGCACUGGAGGGCGUUGCUACAGUCGUCACACUUGUGAUUGAAACUGGGAACCAAAAUUCACAUUGUGCAUUGAGUUUAGUGGAUAUUUUUUAUGAGUUGUCCUACUGUUAUUGUUUUUUGUUGUUGUUGUUAUUAUUAUUAUUAUUCAUUUAUUAAUAUUAAUAUUAUUAUAUAAUAUAAUUAAAUUUAUAGCUGAAUCUUUCUAGGUAUGGCGGAGCUGUGCCAGGAGAUCGUACAAUGGUAUGUCAGUGAUCUACCUAUUUUGUUUCAGGAGACAGCUUAAGUUUGGUUAUAUAAAACUUGACAUCCAAGCGUAUUUUUGAAAUAUUAUUAAAUAUUAUUAUUAUAAACCAAAUUAAUGUUGCUGCCGAUUGAAUGCACCUUUAGCGCUGUUCGUUAACUCGGGUGGUUAUUUGAGCUAAGUUCUUUAAGAAAAUGAGAUUGUCAAUCCCAGAAAAAAAAAAGCGCUCUUUCGAUCAGAAUUGAAAAAAUAAACUUCUUCUUUUCUUUUCAGCUUGAUGCUUUGUACCCCGCAGGAUCAACUCUAACCGUCGAACUUGCUUCAGGCGUGGAUCCUGUAGAAGCGAUGAGAAAAGCGGUUGAGGUAUGUGUACUGUCUCUAGAAAACGCCGUCGUGCCCUGCGCGAAAUGUUUAAUUUAGUCGGAAUUCGCCGUUGCUCGUGGCUCGAAGUUGGACCUCAGAGCGGGGUGUGACCUCGGUUUGGCCACAUGUUUUCGUAUAUAACUAUCUAUCUGGCCGAAUUGUUGAAAACGUACCUACCGAGAAUUACAGCCAUUUGACUGAAAAGUGGCCAAACAGGCACCAUUCUUGUAUCCGAUAAGCCUGAAAAUCACACAAGGAAAGGAUAAUGAGAAGUACAGGGAGAGAGAGAGAAAGAGAGGAUGAAAUAGGAGGCGUAAAGAAAAAGGCAGUGUUUGCAAUCUUAGUUUUUACAUUGGCUACUUUGGAGAUAGUUUUGAAAGAAAAAAAAAACUGCUAGACGUCAAGAACCCAUAACCGUAGACGUGAGACGUCUAUUUUGGUAGUAACUUAUAACUGGGUUGGUCCGCAGUUACCUAGCAUCAAAACCACCCCCAAACAACCUUGGGCCGGUUUUUUUUGCGACCAUUUUAGCGAUCAAGAAAGGCUUUUGCCAUUAGAUCUCCACGGCUGAAUUAUUUUUAGAGAGAAAAUGGAAGUGAUUUGGACCAUUAGUUUCAAAAUAAGAGCGAAAAUGGAGGUAAAAAACAUAUGUAUUUUGUUUCACUUCGCAGACAAGUUUGCCUCUGUCGGUUGCGUGUGUCGGAAAUGCGUUUCAACUCGGCUUGUUACCGUCAAAACGUUUCUUAUGUCCCUGAAAUAUCUGUCUUUCAACUGAGGCAAACCCACAAUGAAUUUGGCGCUUUCUCUCGCCGAUGGAUUAAAGACUGGUUUCAGUUCGUUGUGCCUGUUGCGUUUGCCUGCGAACUUACCCCUUUGUUUUCCAUUCGGCAGCCGAAAUAAUGCUGAUUAUGUUUUGCUAUACUCAUUUAAGAAUAAAAGAGGUCAAUAAAACAAGGAAAAAGAAAAAGAAAAGAAAGAUACAAAUAGGAGUCUUCGAGACAGUAUAUUCACGGCUGGUCACUCACCCAGUUCAUAGCCCUGCUCGCCGGGGGCUUACCAGGGUACAGUGGUACUCACAAACAGAUUCGCGAGCUUUUAUUUCUUGGCGGCGUGGUUGCUUUUACUCUUAGUUGUUUGAUAACUGCGUUAAGGAAAAAAGCACAUGUAGAUGUUAUGAAAUUCAUAAAUACGCAAAGAAGCUUGGGGAAAAGAAAAGAAGCUUUUUGAGGGCCGGAUCUCAAAUUUGUUGAUUUGAUUGAAGAAGAGGUGUGUAGGGUAAGAAGGGGAGGUUGUAAGUAGGUACGCGGAUAUCCAAAGCCCCUUCUCCCACCUUCACCAGAAUAAGGCGCCACAAGUCAGCCAAGCUUUCCUCAAGGUGGCUCGACCCUUUUUUUCAGUGACAACACCUACUCUCUAGUCUCUUAGAAACCGAGUGACGCGAUUUCUUUCUUUCAAGGACAACUGAAAACUCUAAAAACAAUAUGAGGCCAAAGGUUACUUCCUAGGGACAGGGUAAACGUGUGUUUGUUGAGAAAACGCUUCCAUUAAAAUUGAUUAAAAAAGGUACGAAGCAAACUCUAUAAGCAGCUUCGAAAACGAAUUUCUAGAUUUCCUACAAAAUGAAGGAACGUAAAAAUGGUAAUGACUACCGUGUUGCCAUGGAUACGUCGAUCUCGAAAAAGAGCCCGACAUCUUUUGAAACUUUAAUCUACACCCUAUUGCAAGUCGCUUUCCUGCUUUGUUUGAGGCAUCUUUGCAUUUUGUGUUCCAAGAGAGACGGUCUUGUCACAAAAAAACCGGGUCGAGCCACCUUAAAACCUUGCUCACUUUUUAACUGAAGCCUUAGAAACAGUGUUUGACAUGACCUGGAAACCCGCCCCCUUCCUUAAAUUGUAUCCCUGCCCUGAAUGCAAUGACAAAUGACAGCCAGACUGUCAUGAAAACCUUACUUCUGUGUUAAUUUCUGCUAACGAAAACCAAAUUGAGAAAAGUGUUCCUAACACUACGAGCGUGGUGGGAGGAAACAUUUUUAGUCCCCGGCAAGAUUCCCAGAAUGCCGAUUGGAUGUCUUAUCGUCUAAGCACUGGGGGCAGUUUUGGCUCAGAGUGUUUUAAAAAACUCACAACUGAUCUUGUAAUCCACGCUUAAUAUUCCAGGCCGCUGAACUUGGAGCCCAGUCGACCGCCACCAUGCCAGCCCGAGCAGGUCGUUCAAGCUAUGUUAGUGAGGAGCAUUUGAAAUGCCCGGAUCCUGGGGCUCUUGCAGCAGCGAUAUGGUUGAGAGCGGCAUAUAAUGCCUUGAGUAAAUAACAUGGUUAUACAGUAGGUGGU